AUUUGUUGCCGUGCUACUGACUCGACCAACUCCGAAAAAGCUCACAAAAUGUGUCUGCCAUGCUCAAGGCGGCGUUGCUGCUGCGCAUGGCAAGACUCCACUGAUGUCUUACUCUGAUGCACCUUGUUCAAUACGUACUUUGCCCUUUUCCUUUUCUCCUUCUGCAGACGCAGGAGGAACAAUGGCAACAGACUGCUGGACACAGGUAACGAAUCCUUCCACAAACGCUUUGCGCUGUAAGCGGCUGACCUCAACACUGAUAUGCUCGCUGACUUUGUGGUACAUGUCGGCGAGACCAGAGGUGCGUGUUGGGUGGCUCUAGGCAUACUGAUGCUGUUCAGCGCGCCAGCCUGGCUGCAGACCAUCAAGACGAGCUUUGCCCAGGUGCAGAGCAAGCGCGCAAACACAAGUCGGCGUCCUAGCGGGGUCCUGUCACAAUCACAAUUGGAUCAGGCCACUAUGGCGAUCGCCGCCCCAAUGACGUGGUUGGCAGCGCAGAGGGCUUACUUGCCGAAGCCUGAAAACAGGGCUCACUAAAGGUUGAGCUAUGAGGUGGCCAUGCGGUCCGUCUUUCGAGGUGCAUGCCAGUAAGUGAGGCAUCCAGAGAGCUCAUCGACGAUGCUGUUGCGAUUGCCACCCUCAGGUGGCGUCCCUAUAGCACACACACCAUUCAGAAUCGAUCAAUGGCAGACGCUCAAACAGUCUUGUUUGGGUCGUCGGAACGCACGAGCGAGCACGUUGUCUCGAUCGAGCCAGUGACGGUCGUCAGCUCUGAGUAGACAAGCUGUGCAUUCGUGCCUUGCCUACUUCGGCGGCAUCCAUCAUCCCUUUGGGCGGCGCUGAGUCGUUGAGACUCUGAACGUCGGUUUCCACUUCGAGCGCUGAUUCGGACAGGGGCGCAUACGAGCUCGGUAAGUCAUCAGGCGGCAAAGGCUUUCUCUCGCGUAUCACAGUCGACGCAGUCGUACCGCAAGAGAUGCUGGCAUCUGUUGCCGACUUGAGAUACCGCCAGUUGGGCAGCUUAGCGGUCCACUUGCAAGUCGAAAUCAUCAGCCAUUUGAAAGACUUCGCACCUUGGUCCCAUCUCCGCCCGUCGCACGUCUCGCCGCAAGCAAACGGCGAUCGAGCCGAUGAAUGACAUGGACUACACAGCUUGUGGGGACUUGGCCAAUGCUGCUCGCUUGAUCCUCAUCUUGACGGGCCCGGCCCGUAAGGAGCGGUGUGGCGUAUCGAACCGUUCCCUGCGGUCCGAUGGAGAGCGACCACGGGGAUCGGGCGUUGCCUCCACAGAUUUGCCGCAUUCGUCGCGAUUGAUGACAGCUG